GGGAAAGGCAGCUCCAGCCUGUCCAAGCCCUGCCAGCCUCACCCACCACUGUGCUGCUGCACUCUCACAGCGCAACGCCUGCCUCCCUCAGUCCCUUGCACCGCUCACCUCUUUUCUCUAUUUGUCUCCCUCCCUCCAUUCCUCUCUCAUAAAUUCAAUCUUUACUAAAGGUGUGUAUAGCUCUCUUAUCUGAUCUCAAUCCACCCCCGCCGCUGUCGGGCCCGACGUUGGACGACAUCCACCCAAACGCGUCGGGCGCGUGCCAGACGCGUCCCACUUUCGACGCGUCAAAGCGUGUCUACCCCCCUCGAUCACUUUGGAUAGUCUUCUAACAUGUUUCCCCCCGUCGUAGAUGCCCAAAGAAACCACCAAGACCACCAAGCGUAAGGCCGCCGACAAGUCGGAAAAGGCACCAAGGGGCAAGGGGAAGAAGGACCCCAAAGCUCCUAAGCGUGCAUUGUCCGCGUACAUGUUCUUCUCCCAAGAUUGGAGAGAGCGAAUCAAGGCUGAGAAUCCUGAUGCUGGCUUCGGUGAGAUUGGCAAGCUUCUCGGUGCAAAAUGGAAGGAGCUCGAUGACUCCGAGAAGAAGCCAUACAUCGAACAAGCCGCACGAGACAAGACACGCGCUGAGCAAGAAAAGUCAGAAUACGAUGGCAAGAAAGCGCAUGAUAGCGGUAGUGGCGACGGUGAUGACGACGACGAGUAAUCCAUUCUCGUUCUACGCCUCUUUCUGCGAUAUCCUAUUCUCUCUGCUACACGACCUUUGCACUCCACUCCUCCUCUGUUCCUUCAUGUCAUUGUGGCCCGCCUUAAUUAUACGCUCACGCGUCGACCCCGGGGACUGUUAAAUGUUCAUUGAUCAGUGUUGUACCUUACUAGUUAUCUGUUGUCGACGACCAAAGAUUGCCACCAAUGUGUUUGUGUGUCCUCGCUACCUGCUGUAUGUUACACAUGUAUGUACGUAGAUAUCCCACUCCCCGUACUUACUGAGAUAUGUCUUUUCUUCUCUCUCCUUCGUGUUACUGUUGUUUCUCUACGUGUUAUGUGUAAUAUUAUAUGAUCCUUUAGACAUCAUCAUUGUGCAGGUCUGCUUUGGAUUUAGGGGGUUGGAUCUGGAGUGACGAUGGUUCACCUAUCAAGUGAAACACC